AUGUUUUGGGACUUUCACAACAACAACCAAGAAGGCGCUCACUGUCUGAUGCAACUGUUUGGACCUCGCGAUGGAUCUUUCAAGUUCGUUAAGCUUCACGUCAAGCCUGACGAUGGUAUCAAGAAUCUUUCACAAGAAGAUGCCGUGCGUCUUGCAGGCGAAGAGCCUGAUUAUCAUGUCAAGGAUGUUUACAAUUCUAUUGAGAGAGGUGACUACCCCCCAUGGACGAUGUAUCUCCAGGUCAUGGAUCCCAAAGAGGCAGAGACUUACAAGUGGAACAUCUUCGACAUCACCAAGAUCUGGCCUCACAAGGACUACCCACUUAUCCCUGUCGGAAAGCUUGUGUUGAACAAGAACCCAGACAACCACUUCCAUGAUAUCGAACAAGCAGCCUUCUCGCCUUCGACGCUUAUUCCGGGUAUUGCUCCCGCGGCUGAUAUCAUGCUGCAUGCGAGAAUGUUUUUGGCAGAGCCCAAGCCUACUCCUCCGACGUCGAAGAUGAAGACUGAGAGCAGCCUCGUAAUUUGUGGAAGAUCUUCAAGGACAAUGGGGAAGAUGAAGUCUUUUUGAACAAUCUGUCUGGUCAUGUCAAUAAGGCACUUCCCGAAGUUCAGGAGGCAAAAGUUCGCAUGCGGGCAAAUGUUAAUAAAGAGAUUUCUAAGAGGCUGGAGGAGAAGUUGAAGAAGUUGACUGGGGAUUUUGACCAUUCCAAGGCACCGCCGAGUCAGACUGUGUUGGCGUCGAGGCGCAAGUGAUGCGUCUUGGAGAAAGAAAUAUGCUCAUGUGAUACAAUAAUUGCCUUAUUGAGGCUGUGGCAUCGGUUAUCCUUUCAAAAGGCGGGCC